AUGCCCCAUACACUGACCGCUCUGGAUGGCCACGGAAACGACUCGCCAGAAGUCCUUGUGAAGGGCAGCCCAGUUCCAAUGUCAAACCCUGCCAAAAGGAAGACCUGUGACGCUGAGGAUUACUGGCCUCAGGAUGACCCUGACCACUGGUCAUACAAUGAAGACUCACAGGUGACCAUAGAAAUGCUAAUCUCGACUGGAGAGGUGUCAUGGCGAGGUAUUCAAUACGGACCUGUUUCUGAGCAUUGCAACACAGCGCCACCAGAUCAAGAUGGUCAUGAAAGGCGCGAAGAGAUGAGCUGA